UUAUUUAACUUGCGUUCGAUAUUUGCCUUUGUUCUGUCACGUUUUUAUUUUGUCAAAAUUUCUGGAUUCGAAUAGGAAUUUUAGUUCGUUUUAUAUAAUAUACCAUCAAAUUCCAGUUUAGUCAAGUUAACCAAUGCAACGUUGGUAAAUUGAGAGGCACCAUUAAAUCAUGUGCAACAAUGGAGAAAGUGCCCAGAUUCAGGGCACACGCAGCUCUGACAUUCACGCAUUGGCCCAGCAGGGCUAUAAAAUCGGCAGCAAGAUCGGCGAGGGCUCCUAUGCGACUGUGAUAAAUGCCAGCUAUACGGAGGAGAGUGGUCGCAAUAUCAAUUUGGCCUGCAAGGUGAUCGAUAAGGAAAAGGCGCCCCUUGACUUUGUGGAAAAGUUCUUUCCGCGCGAGAUGGAUAUAUUGACGAAACUGGAUCAUCCCAAUAUUAUACAGAUUCACAGCAUCUUGCAGCGCGGUCCGAAGAUUUUCAUAUUUAUGCGCUAUGCCGAGCGAGGUGAUCUAUUGACGCAUAUCAAGAAAGUGGGCUUUAUUGAGGAGAAGCAGGCUAAGAUCUGGUUCUAUCAAAUGGCCACCGCCUUGAAGUAUUUACACAGCUUUGAUAUUGCCCAUCGGGAUCUCAAGUGCGAGAACAUUUUACUCUCCGAACAUUUCAAUAUAAAGCUAGCCGAUUUUGGUUUCGCCUGCUUCUGUCCCAACGACAGCGGCGGGCAGACGUUGUCGGAGACGUAUUGUGGCUCGGCUGCAUAUGCUGCACCAGAGGUUGUCUACGGAGUGCCCUAUGAUCCGAAGCUGGCCGAUGCCUGGUCGCUGGGUGUUAUUUUGUUUAUUAUGUUGAAUGGAAAGAUGCCAUUCGAUGAUGCAAAUCUGUCCAAAUUACUGGAGGAUCAGCGCUCCAGAAAGUACGCGUUUCGCCGCAAGUUGCAUGACCUCAUCACGCCUCAUGCCAAGGCCACAGUUGCCGUGCUGCUCGAUCCGAAUGCAACGACUCGCUGGAAUCUGCGCGAGAUUCUCAAGUGCAGCUGGUUGCUUCUGGAGAAGGAGAAAUCACAACAACAAAUUCAACAACAACAACAACAUCGACUACAACAGCAAAAGCAGCAAAUACAAUAACAACAAACAGUCGUCAACAUUAAUGUGUAAAAAUCAUUGCCGAAAAUCUUAUAUUGGCACCACACUCAAAAAUAGAAUUAGGUUUUAGUAACAAAGUUAUAUGUCCGGAAAAUGCAUUGAGCCCAAAAUAUUACAGACCAAUCGAAAAAUUUAAAAAAUAAAAACAC